AUGGCUGCUCCAUCCUUAAGCACCACGGUGGCACUUCGCAGCAAGGGCAACGCCUUUUACGCCAGCGCUUUCACCCACGGCAUCGACCCGCUUCUCAAGCGCAGCCGCCUCAACAUCGCUCUCUCCAAGUACCGCGAGGCACUGCGCCGCCACGUGGCAGAAUCUCAGCCGUCCGCUGAUGAGCUGUCCUCGUUGUGCAAGAACGUAGCGACGGUUUCGUCCGCCCUGGCAGCUUGUCAUGCAGAUGCUUAUAAGGCGUACAAGCCCCCUGUGAUGGACGCUGCUUCAUCGGAACGGGUCAUGCAGCACGGGGGGCAGGGAGGGGGGCAUCUGCACAUCUGUAGCAGGUGCCUGUGUGCGGGACAAUGGAGAGCGGUUGCUGUGGGUGGUGAUGGGUGCGUUGGUGAGAUGCGCGCACGGGACAGCUGGAAGCAGCACUUUGGGGAUAAGGACCCCAACACAGUUGAUUGGACAGCAACAUCCACGCGCCACAUAGAAGCCUUUGCAGCCUUCCACGUGGCAUUCUCUCAGUUCCUCCUGGAAAAGGGCCAAUCGCUGCUCACUAUCAACCUCGCCCGCUGCUCGCACUCCCCCCAGCCAACCACUGCGGCCGGGAUCACGGCGGGGGUUAACGGUAUCAGUCUGGGAGCAGGGGGGAAGGGUCCGGCAAGGCUGGUGGUGCAGAGGGAGAGUGCGCGGUGCUUUGCAGAGUGUGAGCGGCCACUCCGCCUGCUGGACGAUGCCCUGCUCACGCUUGAGAGAAACUUGGCGGGCAGGUCGUGUGGUAACCAGUCGGUAACACAAGCCACCCUCUCCGCCCUGCGCAAUCAAGUCAAGGAACUGCAAACCGCCCGCUUUACCAGCAGCUGUCUGUGUGAGUCGGUCGAAACUCUAGUCCGCACAAUGGCCCUCUAUGCACAAGCAGCAGCAAAAGCAGAAGAUGGGGGGAGCACGGAUGGCGGUAGUCCGGGCGGUAGUGAUGCUGACGUGGCGCUGCUGUGGGCGGCAGUGGACGGGUUCAAGGAGGCGGUGGUGCUGACGAGGGAGCGCCACGUGGACAUGGAGGCGUAUGCGCUGAGCUGGCUGGGGCAUGUGUAUGACGUGGCACUGCGGAUGGACGACAUUGGUCAUCGCUACCACCAACGGGCUGUGCAGCUCGUGCUCUCAGCCACGCAGUCCCACCCCAAGCUUGCUCUUUCCACCUGGUACUCUGCCUCGGUGCGAGCCAUCGACCGCCACCAGGCCAAGGUGAGGCGGCAGGAGGAGCAGCAGCGCGAGAAGGAGCGGGAACCCCUGCUGGCCAAGAUGAAACCGGAGCUUGAAACCCUCUCUAAGAUGAGUGAGAGCGGGUGGAAGCAGCUGCUGACUCAUGUAUAUAGCAAGUAUCCACCUAAGAAUGGGAAUGGGAAUCUCAAGUGUCCGUCGUUGAACGCGGAUGAUGCAAAGGUGUCGCUGCGAAUGGCCAUUCUGCAUUACCAUCCGGAUAAGAACAGUGAGCAUGGUGACAGGUGGAAGAUUCUGUGUGAAGAGGUCACCAAGUGUCUUAAUGCCAAGUAUCUUAACUUCAAGUAG